GGCCGGGGUCGGCAUCGGCGGCUCCCGAGAGCCGAAGGGAAGAACGGGGAGCAGAGGACCAGCGUGGUGGCCCGGGGAGUCCCGCCGAUCCAUGAGCUCUCCGCCGCCCGCCCGCAGGGGCUUUUACCGCCAGGAGGUGACCAAGACCGCCUGGGAGGUGCGCGCCGUGUACCAGGACCUGCAGCCCGUGGGCUCGGGCGCCUAUGGCGCCGUGUGCUCCGCCGUGGACAGCCGCACAGGCACCAAAGUGGCCAUCAAGAAGCUGUACCGGCCCUUCCAGUCCGAGCUGUUCGCCAAGCGCGCCUACCGGGAGCUGCGCCUCCUGAAGCACAUGCGCCACGAGAACGUGAUUGGGCUGCUGGACGUGUUCACCCCAGAUGAAAGCCUGGAUGAUUUCACAGACUUUUACCUGGUCAUGCCGUUCAUGGGCACCGACCUGGGCAAGCUCAUGAAGCAUGAGAAGCUGAGCGAGGACCGAAUCCAGUUUCUCGUCUACCAGAUGCUGAGAGGGCUGAAGUAUAUCCACGCUGCUGGCGUCAUUCAUAGGGACCUGAAGCCUGGCAACCUGGCAGUAAAUGAGGACUGUGAGCUGAAGAUCCUGGACUUUGGCCUGGCCAGGCAGGCAGACAGCGAGAUGACGGGGUAUGUAGUGACUCGGUGGUACCGGGCACCUGAGGUCAUCUUGAACUGGAUGCACUACACACAGACAGUGGACAUCUGGUCUGCGGGCUGCAUCAUGGCAGAGAUGAUCACAGGGAAGAUACUGUUCAAGGGCAACGACCACCUGGACCAGCUGAAGGAGAUCUUGAAGGUGACGGGCACACCUCCCGAUGAUUUUGUACAGAGGCUGCAGAGUGCUGAUGCAAAGAACUACAUGAAGGGCCUCCCCGAGCUGGAGAAGAAGGAUUUUGCUUCCAUCUUGACCAAUGCAAGCCCUCAGGCUGUGAACCUCCUGGAGAAAAUGCUGGUGCUGGAUGCGGAGCGGCGGGUGACGGCGGCCGAGGCGCUGACCCACCCCUACUUCGAGUCACUGCAUGAAGCGGAGGACGAGCCCAAGGCCCAGAAGUACGACGAAUCCUUCGAUGACGUGGACCGCACACUGGACGAGUGGAAGCGUGACACGUAUAAAGAGGUGCUCAGCUUCAAGCCUCCCCGGCAGCUGGGGGCCAAGGCCUCCAAGGAGACGGCCCUGUGAAGACCCCUGGGCCCUGAGGGGGUGAUGGGGGUGCCUUGGGGACCCUGGCUGGCGCUCCCACUUGGAAGGGAGAAUCCUGUGGCCUUGGCUGGGGCUUGCAUUCCAGGAGACUCCUCAUUCCAUAGAACCCAUCCCCCAAGCCUGUGGCUCUGCUGUCAGGCCCCCGCCACAGCCUAACCGUGAAGGAGCAUUUGGACUUUCUG